UCAUAUCAACACGAAACUGAUACGAGCAGCAUUGAUACUUUUCAUUGUUAUUGUCUUGACAAAAUCAUGGCGCAUUCGCGGAAGCUCAUUACAUUUGUAUUUUUAUUUUGUAGUUGCGAAUUUUUAUAUGCAUCAAGUUUAAAUGACUCCAAAGAAGUGCCGAAAGUGAUCAUCGACACUGAUGCUGGUGGGGACGAUGCCAUGGCUCUUUUGUUGGCUAUCAAAACGAAAAAACUUGAUAUUGUUGCCAUUACUUGUACUUAUGGCAAUACAGACUUGAAAAAUGUUGAAUUGAAUGUGCUAAAGACUUUGACCAUAGCCAAUCGAACUGACAUUCCAGUUUACGCCGGAGCAAAAGGUCCAUUACUAAAAAACUACACCGCCAGCGAUUACUUUGGAAAAGAUGGAUUUGGUGAUUUUGAGUUCAAACAUGAAAUCAAAAUUACUGUGGAUAGAUCUAAACAUGCGUCGCUAGUAAUGAUUGACUUAGUUAGACGACACCCAGGUGUCAUCAAUGUGGUGACUUUGGGGCCACUGACAAAUGUUGCUCUGGCAAUUUCGAUGGACCCAAAUUUUGUGAAAAAUGUUAAAAAAUUCUAUACCAUGGGAGCAACUUUGAAUGAUUUUGAACCAGAACCCGAAUUUAAUUUCCAACUGGAUCCUGAGAGCGAUCAGAUAUUUUUAAGCUCACUGGAAGAUCAGAAAUGUCUAAUAUCACCGUGGGAUAUGAACAAUACCAUUUCAAAGAAAUGGCGGAUUGAUACCCUCGGUAAUUUAAGCUCUAAAGAAAUGCAAUUUUUGAAUAAGGUCGAAGAUUACGAAUUGAGUCAUGCAAAAGUUUGGUUCCCGGCGGAUUCUAUUGCAAUUUCAACUUUAAUUUGGCCUGAAUUGGUCACUUUGAAAAAUGAAAUUCACAUGACAGCGAUAACAUGCAGUUCAAGUGAAGGAAAAGUAAAGUUUGAUGAUGAUUCGACCGAUAAAAAUGUUGAAAUCGUCAGCAAAUUUGACAUAGAAAAAUUUAAAAGCUUGCUUCUUCGGAAUUUUGAAUCAUAGAAAUAUUGUUUUUCUUUACAAUAAAAAUGACUCUUCUCAGAACUAUAUUUUUUAUCAAUUUAAUCGAAGCAUCGAUAAAAAAUACAUUCUAAAUUUUGACUAACCCGACCGUCUAACCAGGUCAUUAUCAGCC